UGCGCGUGUUAAGGACGUCACUUCCUCGUCCUAGCUUACACCUCCAAGAUGGCGGCGUUCGUAGUUGCCCGUGCGUGUGCAAGCGACGCUCUCCGCAGCUCUGUUGCAGGUCUGCUCAGAAGCUCCUUCAGACCGGCCGUGUUGCCCUCCGGUUUGUGUGCGGCUCCUGUGCUCGUGCGACGCUAUGCUGUCGAAGCAAAGAAGACGUUCGCACGAGACAAACCCCAUGUGAACAUCGGAACCAUCGGACACGUGGACCACGGCAAAACCACACUUACCGCGGCUAUUACUAAGGUGCUGGCCGAGGCGGGCGGCGCUCGCUAUAAGAAGUAUGAGGACAUUGACAACGCACCGGAGGAGAAAGCGCGAGGAAUCACCAUCAACGCCUCGCACGUGGAAUACAGCACGGCCAACCGACACUACGCACACACAGACUGCCCCGGUCACGCGGACUACGUGAAGAACAUGAUCACGGGCACCGCCCAAUUGGAUGGCUGUAUCCUGGUUGUCGCGGCGACGGACGGGCAGAUGCCGCAGACGAGGGAGCACCUCCUAUUGGCCCGUCAGAUCGGCGUGGAACACGUGGUUGUGUUCGUGAACAAGGCCGACGCCGUGGACGAUAAAGAGAUGCUGGAGCUGGUGGAGCUGGAGAUCAGAGAGCUGCUGAGCGAGUUCGGAUACGAGGGCGAGAAAACACCCGUGAUAGUGGGGUCAGCAUUGUGUGCACUGGAGAAUCGCAGUCCUGAGAUCGGGGUCGAUUCGAUCAUGAAGCUGCUGGAAGUUGUUGACAACUACGUCCCUCUGCCGAAGAGGGAGCUGGACAAGCCCUUCCUGCUGCCCAUCGAGGCUGUGUACUCCAUCCCCGGUCGCGGCACGGUGGUGACGGGGACCCUCGAGAGGGGGGUGAUUAAGAAGGGCGACGACUGCGAGUUCGUGGGGCACAACCGCGCCUUCAAAUCCGUCGUGACGGGUAUCGAGAUGUUCCACCAGCACCUUGACAGGGCUGAGGCUGGUGACAAUCUUGGAGCGCUGGUGAGGGGCCUGAAGAGAGAGGACAUGAGGAGGGGCAUGGUGAUGUCAAAACCAGGGUCCAUCAAACCCCACCAGAAAGUACAAGCCCAGGUGUAUGUUCUCAGUAAGGAGGAGGGCGGGAGGCACAAGCCCUUCGUCUCGAACUUCAUGCCCGUCAUGUUCUCUCUCACCUGGGACAUGGCCUGCCGAGUGGAGCUGCCCCAGAGCAAGGAGAUGGUGAUGCCAGGGGAGGACACCUCCCUCACUCUCACUCUCAGACAGCCCAUGGUUCUGGAGAAAGGGCAGCGCUUCACACUGAGAGACGGGAACAAAACCAUCGGGACUGGACUGGUCACUGACAUACUGACCGCUACACAGGAGGACCAGAUCAACUGGGGUUAAACAGUGACCUCUCCCUCGAUUCACAAGGACUGUACAGCAGAGAGGAGGGGGGGGGGUGGGGGGCUGGACAGAGUGUGUUUAGGGUUAGGGAGCGAUGCUUCGACACACUGUCUUUGACUGCAUUAUGAAUAAAUAAAGCCCAGCCAAUGUCAGUUUAUUCUUGAUGUCUAUAGCUUGCAUAGGGUAUUUGGUAACACCUGUGUGCGUAAAAGGAACUACAGCUCCCAUCCUCACUUGCUGUUGCUGCUAGCUUGUGGGGCAUGCUGGGAGUUGUAGUUUCAGAUUUGUUUAAAUGUUUUGAUUUAGUAGCACUUCUUUGAAUGGCUAGGACUGUUGGAUUCCCUUCCCCCUUUAAAGAGCUACAUCUCCCAUCACCCCUCAGUGUUACUGUCAGUGUGGGGCAUGCUGGGAGCUGUAGUUUUUACAAUUCCUUUCCCCCUACUUUGGCUGGGUUUUCUCAAAACAUAAUUUAAUUAAAAUAAAAUGGAAACCAUCUGCUCUGUUAAAUGUAUAAAGCUUUAUUUAAAA